CUCUUUUCGCCCGGCAAGCCUAUUAGCGUUCCUCUAGCGAUGAGCGGCAGUUCCCCAGGAGCCAAUGAAUUACGCUCUCUAAAAGGAACACGCCCAUCCCUUGUGUCGUCACUCGGUCUCCAGUAAAAUAGAACCCGGACGGUCGCUUCCUCGUAGCCAGCCGGGUGGCGGGUGUUUGCGUUGAAACGUGACCGAGGCCCGACCUUAAAGGGGAGGGAGCAGGGGGCGGGGGAAGGGACACUUUAAAGCGAGGCCCGCUGGUGCCUGCCCCUUUAAGGGCGGGGCGUUGAGAAGACUGAAUCUGAACCUCAGAUUACCCCGGUUUCCGUCGCAGGCUGCGAAGAGAGGCUCCUCGGCUGGGUCCGGGUGCUUGGCGGCGGUGGCUUCAUCCCCGCUAGUCCUACCCGGGCCCGGAGACACCCUUGCCCCAGUCAUGCUGAGCAGAGUAUGGAAGCAGCUGACUACGAAGUGCUAUCUGUGCGAGAGCAGCUGUUCCACGAGAGGGUCCGCGAGUGCAUUAUAUCAACACUUCUGUUUGCAACACUGUACAUCCUCUGCCAUAUCGCCCUGACCCACUUCAAGAAGCCUGCUGAGUUCACCACAGUGCUCUCACCCAGGACCCUGACCACGGAGGCCCCGCAACCUGUGGAUGAUGAAGAUGCCACAGUCAACAAGAUUGCGCUUGAGCUCUGCACCUUUACCCUGGCGGUCGCCCUGGGUGCUGUCCUGCUCCUGCCCUUCUCCAUCAUCAGCAAUGAGGUGCUGCUCUCACUGCCUCGGAACUACUACAUCCAGUGGCUCAACGGCUCCCUCAUCCAUGGCCUUUGGAAUCUUGUUUUUCUCUUCUCCAACCUGUCCCUUAUCUUCCUCAUGCCCUUUGCGUACUUCUUCACUGAGUCUGAGGGCUUCGCUGGCUCCAGAAAGGGUGUCCUGGGCCGGGUCUACGAGACGGUGGUGAUGUUGAUGCUCCUUACUUUGCUGGUGCUGGGCAUGGUGUGGGUGGCAUCAGCCAUUGUGGACAACAACAAAGCCAGCAGGGAGUCACUCUAUGACUUCUGGGAGUACUACCUCCCCUACCUCUAUUCCUGCAUCUCCUUCCUUGGGGUCCUGCUGCUCCUGGUGUGUACUCCGCUAGGUCUCGCCCGCAUGUUCUCGGUCACUGGGAAGCUGCUGGUCAAGCCCCGGCUGUUGGAAGACCUGGAGGAGCAGCUGUACUGCUCAGCCUUUGAGGAAGCAGCUUUGACCCGCAGGAUUUGCAAUCCCACUUCCUGCUGGCUGCCUUUGGACAUGGAGCUGCUACACAGACAGGUCCUGGCUCUGCAGACACAGAGGGUCCUGCUGGAGAAGCGACGGAAGGCCUCAGCCUGGCAGCGGAACCUGGGCUACCCCCUGGCCAUGCUAUGCUUGCUGGUACUGACGGGCCUAUCUGUGCUCAUUGUGGCCAUCCACAUCCUGGAGCUGCUCAUUGAUGAGGCUGCCAUGCCCCGGGGCAUGCAGGAUGCCUCCCUGGGCCAGGUCUCCUUCUCCAAGCUGGGCUCCUUUGGUGCCGUCAUUCAAGUUGUACUCAUCUUUUAUCUGAUGGUAUCCUCGGUUAUGGGAUUCUACAGCUCUCCACUCUUCCGGGGCCUGCGGCCCAGAUGGCAUGACACAGCCAUGACUCAGAUAAUCGGGAACUGUGUCUGUCUCCUCGUUUUAAGCUCAGCACUUCCUGUCUUCUCUCGAACCCUGGGGCUCACUCGCUUUGACUUGCUGGGUGAUUUUGGACGCUUCAACUGGCUGGGCAAUUUCUACAUCGUGUUCCUCUACAAUGCAGCCUUCGCGGGCCUCACCACUCUUUGUCUGGUGAAGACCUUCACCGCAGCUGUGCGGGCAGAGCUGAUCCGGGCCUUUGGGCUGGACAGACUGCCAUUGCCCGUCUCCGGUUUCCCCCGGGCAUCUAAGAAGGCCCAGCACCAGUGACCUCCAACUGGGAGUGGGAGGGAGAAAACUGGACACUGCCAUCUGCUGCCCAGGCUUGGAGGGGCACCCGGGAGUGGUGGAACUUAGGAACUUGAAUCAGAGAGGGUGGGUGGCAGAGGGGCACAGCUGCACUGUUGCAUUACCUGAGCCAGAGUUUGGGACCAGGCCUCCCUGUUUUUCCAGACUUAACUGUGGGCCUCAGCAUAGGGUGGGGCUGAGUAACUGGAUCUGGCUGCUGGUCCCAAAUCCGUUUACACAUCAAUCUGCCUCACUGUUAUUCCGGGCCAUGCCCAUAGCCAUGUUUACAUGUUUACAUGAUUUGAUGUGCAAUAGGGUGGGGUUGGGACAGGGGAGGGACUGAGCGGGAGCAGACUUGGGAGGCAGAUUGUCUCUCUUUGCCUCUGGCCCAGAAGAACCUAAGCACUGUGCUAUCCUAGAGGGGCUUUGGACCGCUGGAGAGACGAGGGCAUGGGGAAGAAGAGGCCACAACCAUCAGCAAUAAAGUUGAUCCCAAGGUUUGCUUUGGUUUUUUAAAGGA